CAACAGACAAUUACUGAAAUGUCGUGUAAAUACAUCGUCUUAACGUUGAUGAUCGUGAUGAUCACAUCGGUCGCUUUGAUUCAAGGAGCAUCAAUUGCGCCGUUGCCUAAAUGUACACCCGGUUUUACAUAUUAUGAUGGAUGUAAUUCAUGUUCCUGCGAUGUAACUAUAUUAAGAUGGAUUUGCUCAGCAAGAUGGUGUGGUGGCAUAACUCUUAAACCACCACCAUGUCUGUGUAUAUAAAAAUAUUUUCUCUUCAAUGCUGCAGUGAUGUAAUUGUCGCACUGACGAAUACGCUAAAACGUUGCGUUUCAAUCCCUCCAUCGAUAAAUUUCAGUGCAAUAUAAAUUUUGAAGUAAUAAAAAAAGAAUACAUAUAU